AGGCGGAUCAUUGUGUCCAAUGUGUCUCCACAGAGCUGACUUAAACAUUUCUCCUCGAACAAAACGAGUCCCCUUCAGAUAGCUGAGAGUCGGGUUCGCUCUCCCGUAGAGGAGCUGGAGGUGGAUUAUUGGGGAACAAUCAUAAUGAUCAACACCAUGGAAUGCGCAGUGGACGCGCAAAGCCUGAUCUCCCUAUCCCUGAUGAAGAUCCACAACUCCAGGACGCAGAGAGGGGGGAUCAAGCUGCACAAAAACCUGCUGGUCUCCUAUGUGCUGAGGAACGCCCGGCAGGUCUACAUCAAGGAGAAAUACGCGGAGAUCUACAGGAUGCAGCAGUACGAGGAGGUGAUGACGGUCUGCAACGAGAUCCAGGAGCUCAACCCGCUGGAUCUGGACGCGGAGGACGCCGACGAUGAGGAGCAAACGCGGGCUGCUUGCUGCGGAGAGGAGGCGAGUCUGUGCGGCUCCGGCUGCCACCGAGGCGCGGCGCAGCCAGCGGCGCACGCCCGGACAGCGAGCGCUCUUUUCGGCUGCUCUCCGCUCGAUGACUGUAGCAAGGAGCCGGAUCCCUCCUACUACCGCAGCUGCUGCAUGGAGGCUUCACCUGUGUCGCACUGUGACCAGUUUCCUGUAAACGGCAGCACGCACUGCAAUAAAACAACAGUGCUGGAUUUGGACACGCAUGUGGUGACCACGGUGGAGAACGGCUACCUCCACCAGGACUGCUGCUGCGACGCGCUCCAGUGCAGCCAGGGCGCGCAGUCCCCGGCCAAGAAACGGAAGGUUGAGUUCGGCUGUUGUGUCUCCGACGUGGAGGAAGUAUCGGAUUUUACCGGGGCUCGCAAACGGGCGAAACGCGAGGACUGUUCCUUCUCCAACAUAGACUACACAGACACUUCCAACAUCUCCAACCUGAUCUCCAUCUUCGGCUCGGGGUUUACAGGGCUGCUGAGCAGACAGACGGACUUGGAACAGAUCUGUAGCAAACAGGUCCUGGCCAGUCUCGGGGCAUGGACCCGUGCGAUUGUGGCAUUUUGAAUAUAACCCUUUAUUUUAUAGGAGAGACCGGGUCAUUUGUAAUGUGUUUUCCCUCAGAAGUAUUACAGUAAACCAGAUCUACUGACAGUUCUUGUUGGGGAACAUUUUCCAAGCUCAGGGGAAUGUUCCAGGCUGAUUGUUCUCCAGGAGAUGUCGGUCUAAAGGUUUAAUUUGUGGAACUUUUUUUGCAUACUUACACCUGAAGCUCCACGAAGUCGUUUACUAAUUGAUCACACAAUAAUCAGUGAUGUUAUUUACGUGUCCAUGACGGAAUGUUUUAAAGAAAAACCUUCCCACAAUUUCCGAAAAGCAUUACAGAAAAUAACUGGGAACGUUACCAGUUCACUCAGAACUCACUGUCCUGUUCUGUUCCACAUCACUUCUCUAUGUGCCAACAGUGAAAAAAUGUAUUUUGUUGAAUCAGUGUUUUCACACAAGUUGUGUAUUUAUGGGUAGCCCCAUGUGUGAGGUCAGUAACAAUGCUGCAAAAUAAUUCAACAUUUUUGGCGCAAAAAUAUGAGUUUGGUGAGUUGUAGAUGUCAGUGAUGGUCACUGCUUUGCUUAUUAACUAACUAUUAUUCAUGUUAAACACUGAUAUGGACAUUUGAGCAUUAACCUAUAACUGCAUGCAUUACAAUUGACCUUGCAGGGAGAACAACAACUCUGGAUAUUGGAUUGGCUCCCCUCAGCAGCUUGUGGAACAAAACAGUGAAAAUAUAAAGAAUUAUACUUCAAAAACACACCUUUGUCUUUAAAAAAAUCAAUAACAUAUGUGAGUGAGUGCUCAUUGGUGUGCAGUGGGGAAACAUCCCUCACGCUGGUUUCUGAUUGGAGCAUAUGGAGGCGUUACAACUGGGCCCGGUCUCCCCUACAAAGGUUUUUCAAAUCAACUUUAUUUUUGCAGGAAAAAGAAAAAGCUAUUUAAAAAAUUGAGCAUUUAAAUGGCAAUAGUUUUGGCAGGGAGAGGCCAGAGUUGGUGCCAUAUAUAUAUAUAUAUAUAUUGUCACAAUGGGAGAAACAUGUCUCUGAUGAAAUGGAUUGACUUCCAUUGCCUUAAAUCAACGCACACCACUGCUAGCUAUAGUGUCAUGAAUUGAAAGUAUGUUGAAUGUCUCCUGUUCUGGGCUGAGGAGUCUUUUUGGGAAAAUGGACCUUGCACACUCAGUUUGUUGUCAUGUGAACAUUAAAGAAGAGAUGUAAGCGGACUCUGACCCACUCAUGUCAGUGCCAACACUUCCAUACUGUAACACGAUAUUUGGGCUACACUGUGGUUACCACUUCACCUCCACUCCCAGUGUGUGAUAGUAAACAGUAAACAGGUUAUUUUGGCAGUUUGACGUCCCUUCUCCCCUUUUAAUCAAAGUUGUUGCUCAAAAGCCUUCACAGCAAUUCAUAAUUCCAACUUCGUCUUGGUUUUGUGAGUUUUUUUAAAUGAUUUUUUUUUAGUCCUUUUGUUUUAAAAAGGCAAACUCAUGAUUUUAGCCAUAACCUGAGAAUCCACGCAUUAGCUUUAUGAGCACUAUGUGUACCAAAAUAAAGAGAGUAUUCAGCCAUUCUCUACAUAUUUUGUUGUUAUUCUUGUAUUUUUGUGCUUACUAAAUUGUAUAUCACCGGGUAAAACUGUUCGAGAAGAUAUUUGUUAAAAGAUUUAUAAUCUUAAUAAAAAAUGAAAACCUUUAA